AAACUGUUGAACUACCGAGGUGUUUGAAAUUUUGGCAGAUUCCAGAGAAGUAUAUAAAUACUAACCCAACCACACUUACCAGGGGUUCUUUCAUUGUUUCAUUCACACACACACUCUCUCUCUCUCUCGUUCUCUACUAUAAGCCAGAGAAGAGUCUGGAAAGAAACACUAAGAGAGAGAGAUAUGGGUAGGCCAAGGUGUUUUCUGGACAUAAGCAUAGGAGGAGAGCUAGAAGGGAGGAUAGUUGUGGAGCUUUACAACGAUGUGGUGCCCAAAACUGUGGAGAACUUCAGAGCUCUCUGCACUGGUGAGAAAGGCAUUGGUCCCAACACUGGUGUCCCACUUCAUUACAAGGGAAGCCAUUUUCAUCGUGUUAUUAAAAGCUUUAUGAUACAAGGUGGAGAUAUCUCUGCCGGUGAUGGUUCUGGGGGAGAAUCUAUCUAUGGCUUGAAGUUUGAAGAUGAGAAUUUUGAACUAAAGCAUGAAAGGAAAGGAAUGUUAUCUAUGGCUAACACUGGUCCUAACACAAACGGGUCUCAGUUUUUCAUCACAACAACUCGCACUUCUCAUCUGGAUGGAAAACAUGUUGUGUUUGGGAAGGUAGCUAAAGGAAUGGGAGUGGUGCGAUCAAUUGAGCAUGUUACAGCUGAUGAUGGAGAUUAUCCUACUGCCCAUGUUGUGAUUGUGGAUUGUGGAGAAAUUCCUGAGGGGGAGGACGAUGGAAUAUGUAAUUUUUUCAAAGACGGUGAUACUUAUCCUGAUUGGCCAGUUGACCUUGAUGAUAGUCCUAAUGAGCUCUCCUGGUGGAUGAAUGCUGUUGAUUCUGUUAAGUCUUUUGGCAAUGAACAUUACAAGAAACAAGACUUUAAGAUGGCUCUUAAAAAGUAUCGGAAGGCUUUACGCUAUCUGGAUGUGUGCUGGGAGAAAGAAGGGAUUGAUGAAGAGAAGAGUUCAUGUUUGAGAAAGGCAAAGUCACAAGUCUUCACUAACAGCUCUGCUUGUAAGUUGAAGUUAGGGGAUCUGAAAGGAGCAUUGCUAGACACAGAAUUUGCAAUGCGUGAUGGAGAUAACAAUGUGAAAGCUUUGUUCCGCCAGGGUCAGGCAUAUAUGGCACUUAAUGACAUUGAUGCUGCUGUUGGAAGCUUCAAGAAGGCAUUGGAUUUGGAGCCAAAUGAUGCUGGAAUAAAGAAAGAGUUUGCUGCUGCUAAGAGGAAGAUUUCUGAUAGACGCGAUCUGGAGAGGAAGGCAUAUGGCAAGAUGUUCCAAUAGCAGAUUGGCAUUCAAUUGGUUCUUCCAGGGAGCCAAUGAAAAUAACCAAAUCUCUCACACCAAUACAAUUGUACAAAAUUGAGGACUGAACCAAUUCAUAGAUUUUUCUUGUCAGUAGUGCAGCCAUAUUAUAGAACAGGCCUGCACUGAUGAAUUGUUCACUAAAUGAAAAUUUUACCUGAAGAGAGUUUUGUAUGCAUAAAACAUUGGACAAAGUUUACAGGCUUGACUUGAGAUGCUUUUUUGGGUGGUUCUGUUUGCCAUAUCAACUUUUCAUGCAAACAUAUUUAUCAUUGGUU